AUGACACCCAUUCCACUUCUAGCAGUAAUCUGUGCCGCUUUCUUGGUGCACACAUCCAACGCGCUGUCCAGCAACCACAUCGACCGCCGACAAGCCCUGUCACAGGCCACUGCCGCCAGUUGUGCCGCCACCAUUGGAAUCGUCCUGGCCACACCGCCUGCAUUUGCCGAAGAUACUGCUACUCCCACAUCACCACCUAUCUUUCAAGAGGGGCCUGGCGGAAUCAAGUAUUCCAUCCUCAAGGAAGGAACUGGCGACAAAGCACUUCGGGCUCAAAAGGUUUACACCAAAUACACCUUGUGGACUGGAGGCUUCGGCGACGAUGGCGGCAAGCAAGUUGAUAGCAAUACUGGUUUCAUGGGAAGACCCCUCGGUGUUAUUGUCGGCGUCGGACAGGUGAUCAAAGGUUGGGAUCUAACGUUGCUGGAAAUGAAAGAAGGAGAAACCAGACGCAUCAUUGUGCCUUCGGAUUUGGGUUACGGAGACCAGGGAGCAGGGGGUUCCAUUCCACCCAAGGCUACCUUAUACUUUGAAAUGGAAGUGACCAACAUGGAUCCAUUGCCCAAUCUGAAUGACGAACAGAAAAAGUGGUUGGAAGAGCACCCAUUGUAA